CCCUACGCAGCGAGCGGAAGUGAACCCUGCCGCUUCUUCUUCGCACAAGGCAACAACAAUUAAUGUCCGUCCUCUCUGUGCUGAGUAGUUGUGCUGCACUUGGCUCCGCUUAUGUGCCUUUGAGUCCGUCAUGAAGCCUCAGCUGAGUCGGGGCAGAAAGCCCCCGUCCCCGGCCUCCGCAGCAGCCGCCGGCCAGCAGCUCUCCCUGGCUUUCCACGACGAGCUCGUCGCCACGAUCCACGGAGCGUUUGAGGUGGCUGUGGACAUCGCAGUUCUGGAGGUGACCAAACUGGUCGGCCAGGCAAUGGGAGACCUCCAGCUCCAGAUGCAGCGGGAGAACGAGUCCCUGAAGCAGCGGCUGCAGAAAGCCGAGGAGACGCUGGAGUGUGUGCGCGGGUGCACGGGGGAAAUAAGUGGUAAUGUUUCCGCAAAGCAGCUGGUGAACGCCAGCCGCAAGCCCCAAGACUGUCCACCCGCGGGGAACCCAAAGCAGGACUGCGUGCGGCUAGGUGGCAGCACCCCUCUAAAGCAGGCAAAUCCACCGCCUGACCCCCAAGACAACCAUGCAACCAAAAACGAAGCUGCACAGCCAAGCACAAACGCCGACGUGAAGAAGGAGCCGGUUAACGGCGCCGCUGUGGACCCGGAGGAGGAGCAGAGCCACGGCUACUUCAGUGAGAUCUGUGAAAAUGGGCAGAUCCACUCCAAGGAGAUUCCCAGCUGUGCCUCGAGAAAACCAGCUGUUUAUGGUGCCUUGCUCACUGAACCCAGUGAAGAUGUUUCCGACUUAUGUGUGGCGAAGGUGGAGAGCCCUCACCAGACGUGCCAGGACCCAGCAGCUCAACACAGAGACUUGCUGCCGCUCCCUGGCGGGGCUGACACAUUAACAUCGGAGCAGGUCUCGGUGAAGGAGGAGAGAGCAGCAGAGAUGGGAGACACUUCGGGUUGCUGCUUUGACUCGAUCGGAGCAGAGGAUUUUGGCCCGGAGAGUCUGUCUCUCGUCCAGACCAAAAUGCUGGAGGAGUGGAAACCAGAGCUGCUGGAUGUUCAGAGCCAAGAGGCGGACGAGCUGCUGGCUCUGGCUCAUCCUCCAAACAUGACCACCAGUGUCUCAGCAGCCAGUGAUCUUCCACCCGUCUCCUCAGAGUUCCCCGACAUCUUCCAGCCAACAGAGCCAGCUGCCAUCCCUGCAGACCCGCCGCAGGUUUACGGAGUCAGCAUCCGCACUGGUCGUAACCUCGGCCACCCCUCCACCGGCAUCAACGCCUGCAAGAUCUGUGGUCAGACCUUCCAGCAGCCCAGCCUCCUGCGCAGGCACUACGGCCAGUGCCAGCAGAGGCUGCAGCAGGGGUUUCGGCAGCCCGUCCAGGGAACCAAGAGGACCAAACUGCAGCUUUACCCUCCAGGCUGCAGCCCCUUCCGCUGCACCGAGUGCAACCGAGAGUUCAACCGGCUGGAGAACCUCAAGACCCACCUCCGCAUCCACACCGGGGAGAGGCCCUACACCUGCUCCGUUUGCUCCAAGUGUUUCCGUCAUUCUGGUGCGCUGACCCGGCAUUUCCGCAUCCACACCGGGGAGAAGCCCUAUGUCUGCGGACAGUGUGGGAAGUCUUUCCGAAACUGUGGAGGGCUAAAAUUUCACCAGCGAUCCCAUAGUAGACAAUGAUAAAACAGUUUGUCUGAUACGGGGUUUUUAAAAUCAGUACCAAGACUUUUGGAUGGAAGCUGUUAGCUGAUACUUUCUGCUGGUACUCAGUAUUUCAAAGGAAGAUCAUUAUCCAUUUCUAAAAUCACUUUAUUGCAGGUACGCAGUUUUGAAUAAACUCUUUCUAUGCCUCACUGGCAUGAUUAUCUCUGCUGAGACAUCUGACAUAAAAAUAAUACUAGCAGUGGUCAGGGAGGAACAUCUGUCAUAUCAGAGGGACCACACUGACCAUUUGAUAUCUGUAUUUACCAAAAGGCCAAGAUCAACUGGAUAUGUCAGUAAACUGCAGUGAUGUAUCUGGCUCACCCUCGAUGACAGUGCCUGUCUGGACGGUUAUGGAGAGAAUGAGGAUAUAAGAUCCAUCAGCCCCUACAGCUCCACUGUAUUGUCUGGAUUGUUUUUAUUUCACCGUUUUCUACCAUGCUGUCCUUUUUGAAUCUCAUUUUUAGAAGAAUUUGCGCAACAAUCUUAACAAAUAUUAAAGUUUAAAAAAAAAAAAAAAGCACCAUAUGGCAUAAGCUAUUACGGAAUUUCAAAGUGCAUCUUACUGAGCUCACCUCUGUUAUAC